AGGAGCGGGGCUCGCCGGGAAGGCGGAAGCGGUGCCGGUGCCGGUGCCGGGGUCGGGACGGGCAUGGCCGGGGCUGGCUGGGCCCCGCCGCGCCUGGACGAGUUCAUCCUCACCGAACGCCUCGGUGCCGGCACCUACGCCACCGUCUAUAAGGCCUACAGGAAGAGGGACACGCGUGAGGUGGUGGCCAUCAAGUGCGUGAGCAAGAGGAGCCUCAACCGGGCGUCGGUGGAGAACCUGCUGACGGAGAUCGAGAUCCUGAAGACCAUCCGCCACCCGCACAUCGUGGAACUCAAGGACUUCCAGUGGGACAGCGACCACAUCUACCUGAUCAUGGAGUUCUGUGCCGGGGGGGACCUCUCCCGCUUCAUCCGGAUGCGCAGGAUCCUCCCCGAGAAGGUGUCACGCAUCUUCCUGCAGCAGCUCGCCUGCGCCCUCAAGUUCCUCCACGACCGCAACAUCUCCCACCUGGACCUCAAGCCGCAGAACAUCCUCCUGAGCGCCCCGGAGAACCCCCAGCUGAAGCUGGCAGACUUUGGGUUUGCGCAGCACAUGUCGCCGUGGGACGAGAAGCACGUUCUGCGGGGGUCCCCUCUCUACAUGGCCCCCGAGAUGGUUUGCCGCCAGCAGUACGAUGCCCGGGUGGACCUGUGGUCGGUGGGCGUCAUCCUUUAUGAAGCGCUUUUUGGGAGGCCGCCCUUCGCCUCCCGCUCCUUCGCCGAGCUGGAGGAGAAGAUCCGCAGCGACCGGGCUAUCGAGCUUCCCAGCCGGCCCCUGCUGUCCCCGGAGUGCCGGGAUCUCCUGGGACAGCUCUUGGAGAGGGACCCUUUGAAACGCAUCUCCUUUGAGCGCUUCUUCGCCCACCCUUUCGUGGAUAUGGAGCACGUCCCUGGCCCCGAGAACCUCUGCAAGGCGACCAACCUGGUGGUGGAAGCUGUGAAGAAGGAUCAGGACGGGGACGCCUCCGCCGCCCUCUCCCUUUACUGCAAAGCCCUGGAGUAUUUUGUGCCGGCUCUGCGCUAUGAAAGCGAUGCUCGCCGAAAAGAAGCCAUCCGGGCCAAGGUGGGACAGUACAUCUCCCGAGCGGAGGAGCUGAAGGCGUUGGUCACCUCCAGCAACAAGAACCUCCUGCAGCAAGGGAACCCGGCCAGAGAGAUCCUUAAAGAGAUGGCCAAGGACAAACCUCGGCUCUGUGCUGCGCUGGAGUUGGCCUCUGCCGCCAUCGCUAAGGAGGAGGAAGGCGAAGACGACGGUGACACCCUGGAGCUCUACCAGCAGAGCCUGGGCGAGCUGCUGCUCCUCCUGGCCGCGGAGCCCGCAGGGAGGCGACGGGAGCUGCUCCACGCCGAGAUCCAGACCCUGAUGGCCCGAGCCGAGUACCUGAAGGAUCACAUGAAGAUGCGGGAGGCGCAGUCCAUGGGCAAGGAGGCGCUGGCGGAGCCCGUCCGGAGCACCUGUACCUUGCAGUGACGCCCGGCCGGCGGGACGCCGCUCCCCUCCCCGGCACCGCCAUGCCAAGAGAUGCCGUCGGCGCGGCGGAGGGAAGACGAGGCUUUCGUCGGGGUAACCGCCCGGGGGGGCUCGCCCUCAGGCUCCUGCCCACGGGGGGGUCCCACGGGUCCCCGAUGGGCAGAGCCCCCUCCCAGCCCCGCGUCCUCCAUCUGCUGCCGCAGCCCCCCCUCCACGGCGGGUGGGAUAUUCCACUCAAAUUCCCUUCGCCACGGGCCGGGGAUUUUUAUCCCGGCAGAACAUCCCCGCUGUCAGUCCCGUACGGCUCUCGCCUUUUCAGGCCGGAUGUUUCUUCCGCCUCCUAAAUUCUUUUGGGGGUGGGACAGGGGCAGACCCACCAAACCCCACCGGUAGCUCCAGGCUGUUGGUGCCGGCAGCAGGCAGGGGGGUCGGGAACGCUGCCUGCUCCUGCCCUCCGCUGUGCCUUUUCUCACCCAGCAGCAACUACCUCUGUCGUACCGGAGCGCGGCGGGUACCGCCUGCCUCCCUCAUUUGUGUCACGAGGUGUUCCCGGUGCUUAGCGGCGGGGGCGUUGAUCGAUUGCGAGCCCGCGCUCCUCGGCCGGGUAUAGCGGUCGGAUAAAACGAGACGAGCAGAAAUCAAUCGCAGAAGUCACUUUUUUGGGGCGGUGAGUUCCACCUGUCCUGCAAAGCAAGGGACUUUUCUCCAAGUCUACUCUAUUUCGAGGGAAUGUAAUUUAUUUGUCUUUAAUAAACGUUUCUUUUGAUUUCUCCAA